UUUAUUUUAGCUCCACUUCGAAUGUCUCCUACAGGUUUAUUUGGUUAUCCAACUAUUGGUUAUGGAAAUGCACAAACAAUCAUACAACAUGGUCAUUUACCAAUAACUCGUGGCGGUAGUGUUGCUGGUGUUGGUCCUGGUGGUGGUAUUCAACCAUCAUUAUUAACUGAAACAAAUUCAUCAUCAAUGUGUAAUCAUCAUUUAUCAAAUCUACCGUCAGGAUUAUUCACAUCACCAACUGGAUUAAGCGCAAAUAUGAAUGCGCUAGUUGCUUUGUCUGUUGCAGCCAAUGCUGCCGCUGUAGUAUCAGCAUCAUCGUCAUCAUCAUCAACAACGCCGCCAGGUCUCACAACGACAAUAACAACAACUAAUAUGACAACAAUGAAUUGUACUAAUAAAUCUUUAUCAAUCUUGUCCAAUCCUAAUUCUAUUGGUAGUAAUAGUAGUGGACCAUUUGGUACUUUAUUUAGUUUGUUACCAUAUACUUCGCAUCAAUUAAUUGCGUCAUCAUCAUCAGAACCAUCAACGCCAUCAUCAUCAUCAUCAUCAGUGUCAUCAUCAUCGUUAUUAUUUAAUAUUGCCCCGCAUGUAGUUGUAUCGAAUGAUUCUACACUGACAAUGUCAAUACCAUCGAAUUUAACAUCAAAUACAUUUCUAUUGUCAAUGACCGAAGGAGAUCUAAAUCCACAUGGUAUACAACAACCACAACAACAACUAUCGUCAUUAACUCCAAGUAUCACUUCAGCAACACAAAUGACCGCUUUACCAUCUUCGUCAACUUUACUUGGAUUACAUGGUGUACAGUGUAAUGCUGGGACAAAUAUUAUUGGACCUAUGGGAAAUGUUAUUGCAUAUAGACGUGUACUAUCUGUACCAGAAAAUGUGAUCAAUAUAAUUCUUGGUCAUCAAGGUCGAUCCAUCAUAGAUUUACAAUUAUUUACCGGUACUAGUAUACAAAUAUCACAAAAAUGUUUAUAUAUCUCUGGUAUACCAAGUCGUACAGUUACAAUCACUGGACCACAAGUCAAUGUACAAUCAGCAGCUGAUGUUAUUGAACAUAUAGUAGCUAUUGAACAUAUGAAACGAGGAGGAGAAACUGGUUUAUAUCAACAACAACUGCAACCACACCAGCAACACCAUCAGCAGCAACAACAACAACAACAAAGACAUUCAUUAUUAUCACUACUUCCUGGUAAUGUGAGCAGUCAUAGUGGAUUAGAUUCAGAUUAUUUCAUACAAUCUAAUGUAUCCUAUCCGUACACAUUGUCAUCAUCUUCAUCAUCAACAACAACAACAACAUCAUCCUUAUCUUCGGCAUCUAUGAAAGGAAAUUAUUCAGAAUGUUUGUCAGGAUCAAAUAAUAACAUUGUACCAUCAUUGCCAUAUCCGUUAAGUAUAACUACUACUACUACUAGUACUACUACAACCACUACUACUACUGCUACUAUUACUAGUAGUAGCAGUACUACUACUAGUAUAAGCAAUAGUAAUAGUAGUGGUUUAUCUUUCCCUCCUCCACCGUCAUCAUCAUCAUCUUGUGAUACUGGUGUGACUGUGACUUCAAGAAGAAGACUUGGUGGUGGUGUUGGUGGUGGUAGCUCUCAUGAUUCAAUGUCAAUUCAAAGUUCAAUUGAUUCAACAAUUUCAAUGCCUUCUAUAAGUAAACAUGAUGAAGCCAACUAGUUAAAUGAGAUGAAUCAUGUCAUCAAACAAUUGUCAGUGUAUUGUAUCUUCUCUACACUUAUUCAUAGUCAUCAUCAUCAUCAUAAUAGUAGUAGUAGCAAUAAUAAGAAUAGUUACCUUUUUAUAAAAAAUUUAACACCGGUGGGAAUGUUCAAAAUCAGAAUUGAAUUGAAUUGAAUUAAUGCAUAAAAAGCAUACAGUCGUACACAGAGAGAGACACAUAUACACAUUUAAAUAAAUUCAGAGCUUUAUCCUUUUUUGCACACACACACACUCUAUUCGUCUUUCAAUGAAUGAAUGAAGCAAAAAUUUUUGAAAAAAAAUAUGAAUUUAUUUGAUUUUUUUCUUGUUUUUUUCUUCUUAUGUAUAAAAAUUAAACUUAUUUUUCUGUUCUACCUUCUUUCUUUUUUUCCGCCCGUCCGUCCGUCCGUCCAUGUGUGCGUACGUACGUACGUACUUACGUACUUGUGUGUUGUUUGUAUUAUAGUACUCAUGGUACUCAUCAGAAUUUUAUUGAUUUUAAUGUAUUUUUUAAAUUUGUGUGUAUUUAUUGUUUAUUGACUACUGCCUUUGUUUAUUAAGCUCUCCCAACGCGCCGUUGCCACUCCCCCACUGCCCAACUCACAAUAGUCAGUGAAUACACGCACAUUUGUGUCAAUGUGUUUCAGCAGAUUAUUAUUAUUUUUCACUCUUUCUCUCUCUGUCUCCCAUUUACAAAGGUCAUCUUCUUUACAGUUGAUCCACUCACUCUCUGCAUAAUUCAUCUUCAGAUUGAUGAUGAUACUCUUAGCGCCAUUUAAUAUAUAUAUAUAUAUAU